GCAUGCGCACAUCGACAAACGACACUGUUGGAACUUGAAGACACUAUAAUAACAUUUAAAAAUAAUAAUAACAAAAGAAUAAAAACGAUGUAGGCAUUAGUUGGGCCUCCUCGACACAUUUGACUAUAACUUUAAAUUUACUUUCAAUUUAAUUAACACUACACCAACUACAGUACACAGUGCUGUUGCUAGGAUACAGCGAAUGCUCGACUGUGUCGGUUACAGACACCGGCUAGUAAAGUUUACUGCUAGCUCGAUCACCUGUCUAACAUGUUUUCUUAAUUUAUUCGGUAACGUUACUUAGCUACAUAGCCUGAGUUUACAAGCGGAUUGAGUUUAAGUAAGUCAUCCGCUUGGACACAUCCCUAAGGGUUUUCAUCAAGCUACGCCUGGCCAUGCCAUAUUUUAAAACACCUAAAAAAAAUCAGCCAUUGUCAACAUUGCUGGUUCUUAAGUCCCAGAAAUGUGGACUAAGGCACACAGUUUUCUCGGUCAAUGGAAAUGAGUACACUGGAGAGUGGCAGGACAACAAAAAGCAUGGAAAGGGAACUCAGGUUUGGAAGAAGUCUGGUUCCAUUUAUAAUGGAGAGUGGAAAUUUGGAAAACGUGAUGGAUAUGGUACCUACAGUGUGCUGCUUCCAGAAACAAAGGAGUAUGCAAGGAAGUACUGUGGUGGAUGGAAAAAUGGAAAGAAGCAUGAGUAUGGAAUGUACUUCUACAAUAACUCAGCCGUUUAUGAGGGGGAGUGGAGUGAGGACCAUCGAAGUGGCUGGGGAAGGAUGUACUAUGAGAGUGGAGAUAUCUACGAGGGAGAGUGGCUGAAGGAUAAGAAUCACGGACAAGGCAUCAUCCGAUUUGCAAAUGGAAAUUGGUAUGAAGGCGCCUGGCAAGAUGGCAUGAAGAACGGAAAUGGAAAGUUCUACUAUUCUGACAAAGGCCAACUUUAUGAAGGCUUUUGGGUGGAUGGAGUACCAAAAUGUGGGACCCUGUCUGACUUUUGGAGGAAUGAAGCACCAACACCGACAAAGUAUCCAAUUCCACCGCUACACCUGGUGGAUAUGCAGUUGGUAUUAAGGGAAGCCCAGUCAGCCUUCAUUGAGAGGAUCAACAGCAAGUUUCCACCAACAGACAACGAAUAAAAAA